UAUUUCUGUUAGAAACUCCUUCUCCAGCUUCACCAUGGGUCAUUACAGUGAUUCCGGGGCUCCUUUGCCUGGCUUUGCUAGUAACUGCAGGGGUUUUGGGUGCCAUGUUAUUCCAGGCUUCUGAUCAAGUGAGAAGACUGAAUGAAGAAUUAAUCCAGAAACAAGCUAUUCAGAAAAACUUCACCCAAUUGCAGAAAACUCUGAAAAACUGCACACAGCAAAGAGAUGAUCUCCAAGCUCAGAAAACAAAUUUCUCAAAUGUAAUGAAUAAGACAGGAGAUAGAUGCAGUUCUUGCCCUGGGGGCUGGAUACAGCAUGGAGGGAAGUGCUACCACUUUAUCAGUGAAAAGAGAACGUGGCAGGAGAGUAAAGAAGACUGCCGGUCUCAUGGCUCCCGCCUGCUGAAGAUAGAGAACAAGGAAGAACUGGUUUUCAUAAACGGGCUGGUAUGUUUUCACUGGAUUGGACUGUCCCGUAUGGGAGCUGCUACAAGUGUGAUGUGGGAGGAUGGCACAACUCAUUCUACUGGCUUGUUCCAAAUAAAGAAGAAAAUGCCUGGAGAGUCCUGUGUACUUUUAAAUGCGGGAGAAGCCGCCACCUACAAAUGUACUGAACAAUAUCGCUAUAUUUGUGAGAAGAGAGCUGCUUAG